AAACCCCUCAUUAUUUUUUUAGUAUUAUUAGGUAACCAUCAAUUGGCCAUGGAAAGCUAGGGCUCCAAUUGUGCAAAGCAAAACCCCUAAUUCUGAAAAUCAUAAAACCGAAGGGCACGGAUUUUCAAAAUUAGAACAUUCAAUCAUUACAUAGCUUUUUUCUUUACCAGAACCUGAAGGUAUCAGCCUCAUCUCCACUGUUGUCAGUUUGGCGGUUUCAGACUGAGUGGACUAAUUCUUCAUUCACUUUCGAUCUUGUAUACGAAGGAAAUUUGUUGAUGAACGACAUGGAAAUUGAUCCCAUAUCGGGUUGAUGUCAGUGACGUGGGUUCUGUACAUGUUCGGCCAGUGAUGAUACCUUGCCGGUUCUCUCUCUGCGCCUCGCCGGCUCCGCCCGCCGCCCUGCUCCGCCUGCUGCCUCUUAAUUGAGGUAAUUAUUGGGAAGCUUCACAAGGAUUUAUCCUGCCACAGACACUGCAUUCCUUAUCAGUGUUGACUAUCCAAUUAGUCAACUGAUGAAGCAUUUAGACUUAAUUCAGAUGGAACAAGUCUCUCCUAAUAGCAAGCAUCAAAACAGUGAAAAACCGGAAUUGGAAUCCGAAAAUGGGAAAAAGGAAUUCGUUGCCCCAUGUGUAGGAAUGGAAUUCGAAUCCUACGAUGACGCAUACAAUUACUACAAUUGUUAUGCUCGAGAAGCAGGAUUUCGCGUACGUGUAAAAAACUCAUGGUUUAAAAGAAAUAGCAGAGAAAAAUAUGGAGCAGUUUUAUGUUGUAGUAGUCAAGGCUUUAAAAGAAUAAAAGAUGUCAAUCGUUUAAGAAAAGAAACAAGAACCGGUUGUCCAGCAAUGGUCAGAAUGAGAUUAGUAGAUUCCAGAAGGUGGCGAAUUCUCGAAGUUACCCUCGAUCAUAACCAUUUACUUGGCACCAAAUCUUUCAAAUCCUUCAAGAAAUCCGGCAUUUGUGGAACAAAAAAUACUAUUCAAUCAGAUUCCGAAGGGCAAACGCAAACAGUAAAAUUAUAUCGUGCGCUUGUGAUUGACUCCGGGGGUAAUAACGGAAUUUCACAUGAAACGGGUCGGGAAUUGGGAUCGGGAUCGGGGCCCGUACCUGAUUUUCAUCCGGAUCGAUUGAAUUUAAAGAAAGGCGAUUCGCAAGCGAUUUAUAAUUACAUCUGUCGGAUGCAGUUGACAAACCCUAAUUUCUUUUACUUGAUGGAUGUUAACGACGAAGGGCGUUUAAGGAACAUGAUUUGGUUAGACGCCACGUGUCGCGCUGCGAUUGGGUAUUUUUCCGAUGUGGUUUAUUUCGACACGAGUUACUUGUCGAGUAAGUACGAGGUCCCGCUCGUGACAUUUGUCGGAAUGAAUCAUCAUUGUCAAACGGUGUUGCUAGGUUGCGGGUUGCUUUCGGGAGGGACAAAAGAGUCUUUUUCAUGGGUUUUGAAAGCAUGGUUGACUUUGACCACCACAUCGGGACGGGUCCCACAAACAAUAGUGACCGACCGGUGUCGGGUUUUACAAAGUGUUGUUUCCGAGGUGUUCCCGAAAACCCACCACCGGUUUAGUCUGCUUCACAUCAUGAAGAAAGUUCCGGAAAAAUUAGGGGGGUUAAGAAACUACGAUGCUAUUAAAAAAGUAUUGAUGAAAACCGCUUACGAGACGUUAAAACCGUAUGAUUUUGAAACCUCGUGGGGUUUCAUGAUCCAACGGUUUGGAAUCGGGGACCACGAAUGGCUCCGAUCUUUAUACGAAGAUCGGGCCUGGUGGGCCCCGGUAUAUCUAAAGGACACAUCGUUCGCCGGAAUAUCUUCUGGCGACACGCUGUGUCCUGUAUUUGAUAAAUACAUUCACAAACAAACGCCGCUAAAAGAAUUUCUCGAUAAAUACGAACUCGCGCUACAAAAAAAGCACAAAGAAGAAGCAAACGCUGACAUGGAAUCGAGAAAUGUGUCCCCGGUUUUAAAAACGAGAUGUUCGUUUGAGUUGCAGUUAUCGAAGAUUUACACGAGGGAAAUUUUUAAGAAAUUUCAAGUGGAAGUUGAGGAGAUGUAUUCGUGUUUUAGUACCACACAAGUGCAUGUUGAUGGCGCGGUUGUAAUUUUUUUGGUGAAAGAGCGUGUUUUGGUGGAUGGAAGUCGGCGGGAGAUUAAGGAUUACGAGGUUUUGUAUAAUAGAGGAGCGGUUGAUGUUCGAUGUAUUUGCAGUUGUUUUAAUUUUAAUGGUUAUUUAUGUAGGCAUGCUUUAUGUGUGCUUAAUUUUAAUGGGGUCGAGGAGAUUCCUUCCAAGUAUAUUUUAUCGAGAUGGAAGAGGGACUAUAAACGUUUAUAUGUUCCGGAUUAUGAUGCUGCUGGAUGUAAUACUGUUACUGGUACUGAUGCUGUGCAAGGGUUUACUCAGUUGUAUAGAAGCGCGUUGCAAGUAGUGGAGGAAGUAGGACGCGGGACAUUUUCCCUCCAAUCUCUCAUCGCCAUUUUUGGUCUCGUCAAGCUAAAGUUCAAGGCAUUUCUCACCGAUCAUGGAGUUAACCUUCUGGAGAAGAGAUUCCUUCAAGCCCUAGACAAAAUGGGGAAGACAUGCCAUCUUUACCUAACGAAAGAUCACGCUAUUUUCCUCCACAAUCUUCUCAACGGAGAUGGAAUCCAAUCAAUUGCUCAGUUCCGAAAAGAAGCCCUUUUCGAAGACUAUCGAAUCUCAAGCCAAAACGACGAUCGCAUCGCCUUCACCAUCGACCUCUCGCUCCUCCACCGGGCCCUCCGCAGCAUCGUCACCAUUUACACAGAAUUUGGAGGUUCCCACAGUUGCCCUACUGUCAAUCGCCUUCAAAUCAAGUUAGUAAAGAAACUACCUCCUCAUUCACAGCAACCGAUGCCGUUUCUCACUUUCGAAACCAAGGGCUACAAAUCCGCUGUUAUCCAAGACGUUCCGAUCUCCAAACCGUUAUCCAGAUCUGAUGUUCUCGAACUCCAAGCCGCGCUAGACAUGGCGCAAGAUCUGCCUCAAACCCUAGUUCAAGUUCCUGACAUGAAUCAACUACAAAACUUUGUGGAUCGGAUGAAGAAUGUCGGUGAUGUGCUAAAUGUUUCCAUAAGCAAAUCCGGCGACCUCCAUUUGCAAAUCUCGACUACUUUGGUCACACUUGGAGCAGAGUUCAGGAAACUGGUGGUCAUCGGAGAGCAGGCGGCGGUUCCAGCCGGAGAUGAUAAUCUGAGUGCUCAGACACGUUCGCGGAGGGCAAUUGAGAGGGGGGAUGCGUUGAAUGUUCAAGUAAGCGUGAAACAUUUCUUCAAGUCUCUUCAAUGUCACUUGGCGAAACCAGAUUCUGCUUUCUAUGGGAUUGGGGAACAGGGUUCUUGCUUGACAGUGGUGUUCCAGUUUUUCAUACCAGGUCGGACGGAGUCGUCGGAAAAGGUAAGGGCAGGACCAGGGGUACCGCCGGGAAACGAUAAUGCAGGCCAUGGGUUCAGCGAUUUCAUUGUCUUUAAGUGGUUUCGUGAUGCUGAGAAUGAAGAAUCUAACAGUUCUAGUGACGACCCGACUCCCAAAAUAAACGAAGAAGAAACCAGUGAGGAGUUGCUGAGAAAAAACGCAACUAUACACACCGCCAGAAGAGGAAGAAUUGGGUGGAACGCGAAGAGUUGGCUUUCGCUAGGCCAGCAUCAAGACUGCAACCGAAACAAAGGCGGAACAGAGACAACGGCUGAAUAUUUACGUCGUCCAAUAUCAACUGAUAUUCAACUUUUGUAUCAAGCACAUGAAGCUAGACAUGGAUUCCCUGGAAUGCUUGAUAGCAUUGACCGUAUACAUUGGAAUUGGAGGAAUUGUCCAACGGAAUUGAGAGGUCAAUACAUGACGAGUGACUAUCAGUAUCCUUCAAUGAUACUAGAAGCGGUGACGUCACAAUAUUUAUGGUUUUGGCAUGCAAUCUAUGGUAUAGUCAAUUCUAAUAAUGAUUUAAACGUCCUCUACCAAUCACCAUUGUUUGAUGAGAAAUAUCAUGACACAUGA